AUGAGUGAUGGCACUAAAUUGAUUGGCGUGAUUGGAGAUGAAGAUACAGUUACGGGAUUUAUUCUUGCAGGAAUUGGACAUCGAACAGCCGAAGGAACGAAUUUUCUCGUCGUAAAACCGACUACACCUAUUUCUACUAUUGAAGCCACCUUUCGAUCACUCACAAGUCGUGAUGAUAUUGGCAUUCUCCUUAUUAAUCAGCAUGUAGCUGAAGAGAUCCGUCAUUUACUUAAUACGUACGACAAGACAAUUCCAACAGUGUUGGAGAUCCCAAGUAAGGAUUCACCCUAUGAUCCAAGCAAAGAUUACAUUAUGAAACGUGUCAACCUUAUGCUUGGAGAAUAA